AUGGCGGCCAGAGCACGGGGACCACCCUGGCAGAGCCAGCCCCCAGCCCGGGCCGCCGACUGGGAGGUCAGCCUGGGGGAGGGCGGUGGAGCGAGGGACCCCGGGGAGCGAGGCUCUCUGGCUCUUAAUCCCCCUGAAGGUUGCAGAUCAAAGGCGCUUGUACGAGGCCAGGCUAUGCUGGUGGGGCAGGGGGCGGCUGGGCCGAGGACUCGCGACGGCCAGCCCAGGGGGAGCUGGCUCUGGGAAAGUUGCCAGAGCGCCCCCGCGGGCCUUGGUGGAACUUGCCUCUCCCGGGGGCCGAGGGACGGGCGCACCGCGGGGUCGGAGGGGAGCUGCGGACCCCAGCCCAACGGCCGCCGCUCGUGGAUGUCACCACCGCGCGGAAGCCGGCUCCGAGGGCUCAGGGCUCGGCCGCUUCCCGCCACAGCGCCCGGUGCGACGCAGGCCUCCCAGGAGGCCAGGGCUCGGGAGAGAGACGUGGCCCCUUUGUCCGCUGGCCCGGAAUGCUCGGGAGUCAGAACGCGGCCGUGGCCAUCGGGUCAGAGCGGAUCGCGGGGACUGGGCGCGGACGGUGACAGCGGCCACCAUGGAGCUGUACGUGGGCGCCUGCGCCAAGGUCGCCCACGGCACCGCCACCAGGACGGCAGCCAGCACCCUGGCCGCGGACAGCAGGCAGUGUGGGGACAUGAGUGCCGCUCGGCCGCCGCCCUGGGGGCGCACAAAACCCGCUUUGCGGAGAUGGGAGCAGCUCAGCCCGUGGAUCUGCCCCUGGGGGUGGAUCUGCCCCUGGGGGUGGAUCUGCCCCUGGGGGUGAAGCUGCCCAUGAUCCCAGGAACUAACCCUGUCUUCGUUACUACGAAUCUAGGCGAAAAUGUAAACUCACUGCGCUUUCUUCUCCAUCAGUGACAGCGAACACAAUCUACUGAUGCAGUCUGACCUAACGUGGGGCGGGGGGUGUUGGGUGGUGAAAGCCACGUCUAACCCAAGGUACUGUUUAGAAGCCGUAUAAAGCGAUUUCAUCAA